AUGUCGUCCACCAUCGCCAACGGCGCCACCAACGGCUCUGCGCCCAACGGGCAGCAGCCAGCGCUCAGCGCGCAAGCACAACAGAUGCUCACAGGCAUGACCAAAGAGAGGCUCCACGGCAUGAUUGCCCGCAUGCAGCAGCUCAAGGCCAGCGGCGUCAACGAGUCCACCAGCCAGGAGUACGCAACUCUCGUCAGCACUCUCAAAAUGUUCCAGCAGUAUCAGGCGAUGCGCCAGCAACAGGCCGUCGCCAUGCAGGCGCGAGCAGCCGGUCAGCCCCAAGCUCGCGCCUCGUCUACAGCGCAGCAGCCAUCCGCCCCCUCACCAUCGGCCGCCACCCCUGCCGCUUCCGCUACCACGCCAGCUGCCGACGCUUCCAGCACCAACGGCAUCGUCGUAAAGACCGAGAACGACAUCGCUCGCUCCCUCAGUCCCGCCAACUUUACACCUGAGCAGCUGAAUGCGCUCAAGACGCAGAUCAUCGCCUUCAAGCUCAUCUCGCGCAACCAGCCGCUCCCCUCGCAUCUCCAGGAAGCCAUCUUGGCCGCCGACCGAGAAUCCGAAGCUCAGGACGCCAAGAAGGCCGAGCCGCUCGCCAGUGCAACUCAGGUCGCCGCUGCCGCCAUCGCUUCGGCCGACAAGGGCACCACGGACGACGCAAGCAAGCCCGGCGACGCAGCCGAGAGCAUCGCCGAAAUCCCGAGACCACCAAGUCCAAAGCAUGACCCGAGCAGCUCCAUCUACCCCUACAACGCCUACGUCCAUCCCUUUUCCUACAUUUCCAAGCCUCUGCUCGAGGACGAAGAGUACACCGCCACCAAGCAGCAGCGCCUCUUGAUACCCAGCCUCAUGCCCGCAGGCCUCGAGCCUCGCCUGCUGUUGGAAGAGCGCGACCGCUUCGUACAGGCGCGCAUCCGCCAACGCAUCCGCGAACUCGAGUCCUUCCCCGCCGACAUGUCGCAGAACCCCACCAUGGCGAGCCUCAAGGGCAAGGAGAACGCGCACGACCUCCACUCCCAGCUCAACGGAAGCCUCCAAGGUGACAAUGCCAAGUUGAAAGCACUCAUCGAGCUCAAAUCGCUCCACCUGCUCGAAAAGCAAAAGCUGCUGCGCGAGCAGGUCGUCCAGAGCCUCAACCUCGCUACCACCCUCGGUCUCGACCGUGUCGCUUUCCGACGUGUCAAGAAGCAGACGCUCCGCGAUGCACGCAUGACCGAGCAGCUCGAGCGCAAGCAGCGCGUCGAACGCGAGAAGCGCGCUAGGCAAAAGCACAUUGACUACCUCAGCACCAUCUGCAACCACGGACGAGACCUCGUGUCGGCGCACACCAAGGCCAACGACCAGGCACGCAGAUUCGGUCGCGCCAUGCUCAAGUUCCACGCCGACACCGAGAAGGAAGAGCAGAAGCGAGUCGAGAGGAUCGCCAAGGAGCGUCUCAACGCGCUCAAGGCAGACGACGAGGAGGCCUACCUCAAGCUCAUCGACACCGCAAAGGACACGCGUAUCACCCACCUCUUGCGACAGACCGACGCCUACCUCGACAGUCUCGCCCAAGCCGUGCAGGCGCAGCAGAACGACGACGUCCACGCAGAAGCUAUCGCCGCAGAGCGUCAAAACGAAGACACCUCCAACCAGGAGAUCGGCGUGGCGGUCGACGAAACCAUGUUUGGCGCCACGCGUCAGGACGACCCGAGCGAAGACCGCGGCAAGGUCGACUACUACUCGGUGGCACACCGCAUCACCGAGCGCGUCACCCAGCAGCCGUCGAUCCUCUCGGGUGGCACGCUCAAGGAGUAUCAGAUGAAGGGUCUUCAGUGGAUGAUCUCGCUCUACAACAACCGUCUCAACGGCAUUCUGGCCGACGAGAUGGGUCUGGGCAAGACCAUCCAGACCAUCUCUCUCAUCACCUUCCUCAUGGAGUACAAGAAGCAGAACGGGCCCUUCCUCGUCAUCGUGCCGUUGUCGACGCUCACCAACUGGGUCAACGAGUUCAACAAGUGGGCGCCCUCGGUCUCGACGCUCGUCUACAAGGGUACGCCCAACGUGCGAAAGCAGCUCACGGGUCGUCUGCGCUCGAUGAACUUCCAGGUGCUGCUCACCACCUACGAGUACAUCAUCAAGGACAAGCACCUGCUCGGCAAGAUCAAAUGGGUCCACAUGAUCAUUGACGAGGGUCACCGCAUGAAGAACACGCAGUCCAAGCUCACCAUCACGCUCACGCAGUUCUACACCAGUCGCUACCGUCUCCUUCUGACCGGUACGCCGCUGCAGAACAACCUGCCCGAGCUGUGGGCGCUGCUCAACUUUGUGCUGCCCAGGAUCUUCAACUCGGUCAAGAGCUUCGACGAGUGGUUCAACACCCCCUUCACCAACACCGGCAACGAGGGCGGCAUGAUGCUCAACGAAGAAGAAGCCCUGCUCAUCAUCAAGCGUCUCCACAAGGUGCUCCGUCCCUUCCUGCUGCGUCGUCUCAAGAAGGACGUCGCCUCCGAGCUGCCAGACAAGGUGGAGAAGGUGAUCAAGUGCAAGAUGAGCGCGCUCCAGCUCAAGCUCUACCAGCAGAUGAAGAAGCACAAGAUGAUCCUGUCGGGCGAAGACAACAGUACCGCCGGCAAGAAGGCCAAGCCGCAGGGUAUUCGAGGUCUGCAGAACGCCAUCAUGCAGCUGCGAAAGAUCUGCAACCACCCUUACGUGUUCGAGCAGGUGGAGCUGGCCAUCAACCCGACCAAGGAGAACGGUCCCGACCUCUACCGUUCAGCAGGCAAGUUUGAGCUGCUCGACCGCCUGCUGCCCAAGCUCUUCGCCACCAAGCAUCGCGUGCUCAUCUUCUUCCAGAUGACUGCCAUCAUGGACAUCAUGGAGGACUUCUUGCGAUAUCGCGGCUUCAAGUACCUCCGUCUCGACGGUUCCACCAAGCCGGACGACCGAUCGCAGCUGCUCAAGAUGUUCAACGCGCCCGGUUCCGAAUACUUUGUCUUCAUCCUGUCCACGCGUGCCGGUGGUCUGGGUCUCAACCUGCAGUCGGCCGACACGGUCAUCAUCUACGACUCGGACUGGAACCCGCAUCAGGAUUUGCAGGCGCAAGAUCGAGCGCACCGUAUCGGUCAGAAGAUGGAGGUGCGUAUCCUGCGUCUCGUCACGGAGAAGUCGGUGGAAGAGACGAUCUUGGCGCGAGCGCAGGACAAGCUCGAGAUCGAGGGCAAGGUCAUCCAGGCCGGUAAAUUCGACAACCAGGCCACCGCCGACGAGCGAGAGCUGCUGCUGCGAGCCAUGUUAGAAGCCGACAAUGACGAUGAAGACGAGGACGACGGCGACUUCAACGACGACGAGCUCAACCAGCUGCUCGCGCGUGGCGAGCACGAGGUCCCCAUCUUCCAGCAGAUCGACAAGGAGCGCCAGCAGAAGGACGAGGAAUUCUGGAAGUCCCUGGGGUACAAGGGUAAGCUGCCGGAGCGCCUCAUGCAGGAGAGCGAGCUGCCGUCGGUGUACCAGCAGGACUUUGAUGCGGACAACGUGUUGGCCGAGAACGCCGAGGAGGAGCAGCCGACAACGCGUAAGAGGAACGUGGUGCACUACGACGAUGGCCUUACAGAGGACCAAUUCUUGCGUGCGCUGGAAGACGACGAUGUGGACAUCAACGACAUCGUCGAGCGCAAGCGUGAGCGCAUCGAAAAGCGUCGCGCCAAAGCGAUGAUGCAAUCCUUGGAUUCGACCGAGGGCACGCCAGAUCCCGAGACCGGCCGACGCAAGAAGGGCGGACGCGGACGCGGCAUCGGCGCGAGCGAGACGCCGGAACCGUCGCCCGGACCGUCGGGACGCAAGCGCAAGCGCUUGGGAGUCGCCUCCAUGGAUGGCUCGCCCGACUACGAGGAGAGUCCGUCGGCGGCGCGGAUUGCGCAGCCCAAGCGACGCAAGACGGGCGGCGAAGACGACGUGCGCGACCGCAUCAAGUAUGCGCUCAACCAGUGCUACCGUGCGGUCGAGGCGUGUCUGGAGCCCGAGACGGGCAGGAAGAGGUGUCUGCUCUUCCUGGACGUACCGAGGAAGAGCGACUAUCCCGACUACCACGUCAUUAUCGAGAAGCCGAUUGCCAUGCGCCAGAUCAAGCGCCGGAUCGACAACCGCACGUUCCGACGCGUCGACACGUGUCGCGAUGAAUUCCACCUCAUGGUUCGCAACGCAAAGACGUACAACCAAGAGGGCUCUUGGGUCUACAACGAUGCUGUCGAGCUGCAGAAGGCCUUUGAUGCCACCUACGACAUGCUGUGCAGGUUCAGCGGCCUGCCCGGAUCGGAAAACGAAGGCGAAGUGCCAAGUGGAGGCGGCGAGACGCGGGAUACCUCGGUGGCAGGCGACGACGAUGAAGAGGGAGACGAGGACGAGGAAGACGAGAAGCCCCAUGUCGCCGCGCCCAGAGGCAUCAAGAUCAAGCUGGGCAAGAGGUCCAAGCCCAAGAAGGGAAGAGAGUCGGAUGACGACGAGUAG